UGACUCUGUAACAGUCCCAUAUUUCCUGGUGUCCAUUCCAUUCACUCCAUCGCUGCGAGACAAUGAAGGAUACACACACCCUGCUCAAUCUGCUUCUGCUGCUAGUGUACCUAGCAGGAUCAGCUUUGACCACUGAUGGAGGGAGUGGCAGUAUCAAUGGUCCCUUGGAACUAACCAUAGUGGGACCUGACUUUGUUAAAGUGGGCGUGCCACGCAGCUUUGACUGUGCCGCCCAGUGCUCUCCCUCCUGCAGCUACAGAAUGAGUAUCUACGGACAGAUUUGGCAGGGCAACAAGCUGUUGUUCACAGCUCGCCAAUGGGAAGAGUCCCUAAACCUUACAUGCACUGCAAGGAAUGAUGACUCUGGGAGGUCCUCUACAGUAUCUAAGAUACUCCAGGUUUUAGCUGGACCAACCAACGUAUUGAUCACAGGCCCUGCCCUGAUGACCCCAGGGGCCCCUCAAAGCUUCCAGUGUAACGCCGACUGCCGUCCCUCCUGCAACUACACCUGGAAGAUAAAGGGCCGAUGGCUCGGGGGGCAGGGGAGCGAGAUUACCGUAACUCCCGAAGAGUUGGCCACCUCUGUUAUCCUGAACUGCAAGGCCAUCAACAGUGUGUCUGGGUUCUAUGCCAUGGCAACCAGGAAAAUACCUGUGACAUCUGGUCCAUCAGAGGUCCACAUCAUAGGCCCAGAAUCUGUUGCAGUCGGCUUCAAGUCCAUGUUUCAGUGCAUUGCCAAAUGCACUCCCGCUUGUGACUACCGCUGGACCAUUGAUGGUCACACUGUCUAUGGCAGUGAGAUGGAGAUGACGGUCGAGCAACAUGUGAAGCCAGAGAAGAUUAUGUGCCACGCUCAGAAUACGAUCUCAACUCAUUUUGAGGUGGUCACCAAGACCGUACGGGUGGAAGGUACAACAGAAAUCUCAUGAUCAUACAUUUUAGCCACUACCUUAAUUUUAGGAGACUAUAUCUUUAACUGAUGUAUAUGGUCUUUAUGAUGCUGUCAUAAACAUUAUUUGACCUAAUAUCAUGGUUUUUUGUGUUCCUUUUGGAAUGUUUUUUUGUGCGUGUGACAGACAAUGACAAAAAAAAUGAUCCUCUCAAAACAAUAUGCUUGUCAAGCUGUGUCCAGGUUGUGUUUGUACAAGCAGACCAUCUCUGGGAGGAAGCGUCAGCAUUGGACAGCAGCUGAAACCGGGUCUCGAUUGAGUACGAACACUCCUUGCUGACAACAACACCAGGCUCCAAAGCAUUAAAGCUGUAAAACAGGAAAACAGACUGAAAAUAGACAAGACAUUAUAACCUUGCAUACCCGCUACAGUGCCUUCAGAAAGUAUUCACACCCCUUGACCUUUUCCACAUUUUGUUGUGUUAGUCAGAAUUUUAAAUUUGAUACAUUUACAUUGUUUUGUCACUGGCCUACACACUACCCAAUAAUGUCAAUGUGGAAUUAUGGUUAUUUGUAUUUUUCUUUUAACUAAUUAUUUAAAAAUGAAAAUAUUAGAAGUAUUGAGUCAAUAAGUAUUCAAACCCUUUGUUAUGGCAAGCCUAAAUAAGUUCAGGAGUAAACAUGUGCGUAACAAGUCACAACAUGACUUUUAGAAUGACUACCUCACAAAUACAAUUAUCUGUAAGGUCCCUCAGGAGAGCAUUUCAAACAAAGAUUCAACCACAAAGACCACAAAGGUUUUCCAACGCCUUGCAAAGAAGGGCACCUAUUGGUAGAUGGGUAUAAAUGAAUAAAAAAGCAGGCAUUGAAUAUCCCUUUUGAGCAUGGUGAAGUUAUUAAUUACACUUUGGAUGGUGUAUCAAUACACCCAGUCACUACAAAGAUACAUGUGACCUUUCUAACUCAGUUGAUGGAGAGGAGGGAAACCACUCAGGGAUUUCACCAUGAGGCCAAUGGGGACGUUAAAACAGUUACAGAGUUGAAUGUCUGUGACAGGAAAAAACUGAGGAUGGAUCAACAACAUUGUAAUUAACAAAACUAACCUAAUUGAAAGAGUGAAAAGAAGGAUGCCUGUACAAAAUAAAAAAUAUUCCAAAACAUGCAUCCUGUUUGAAACAGGAAUACUGGAAUACUACAGUAAUACUGCAAUUCACUUUUUUUGUCCUGAAUACAACGUCUUAUGUUGGGAAAAAUCCAAUACAAGUAAUGAAUAAGGCAGCCCACACACUGUUGAAGCUCCCAAUUCAUAGCUUUAUUGACAACGUUUCGAUCCGAAACGGAUCUGCGUCAGGUCAAAUCCAAUACAGCACAUUACUGAGUACCACUCUCCAUAUUUUCAAACAUAGUGGUGGCUGCAUCAUGUUAUGGGUAUGCAUGUAAUCGUCAAGGACUGUGGAGUUUUUGCAGCUAAAUAAAGUCAUGGAAUGGAGCUAAACACAGGCAAAAUCCUAGAGGAAAACCUGGUUCAGUCUGCUUUCCACCAGACACUGGGAGAUGAAUUCACCUUUCAGCACGACAAUAACCUAAAACAAAUCUAAACAAGCGUUGCUUACUAAGAAGACAUGGAAUAUUCCUGAGUUAAAUCUGCUUGAAAAUCUAUGGCAAGACCUAAAAAGGGUUGUCUAGCAAUGAUCAACAACAAAUUUGACAGAGCUUGAAGAAUUUUGUUGCACAGUCAAGGUGUGGAAAGCUCUUAGAGAUUUACUGGGGUGAGUUGGGGUGGGCAGUCUAUGUUUGAUUUUCUAUGUUUCGGCCUAGUAUGGUUCUCAAUCAGAGGCAGGUGUCAUUAAUUGUCUCUGAUUGAGAAUCAUACUUAGGUAGCCUGGGUUUCACUGUAUGUUUGUGGGUGUUUGUUUCUGUGUCUGUGUUUUUCACCACACGGUACUGUUUUGGUUUUUGUUCGUUUCACAUUUAUUGUUUUUGUAUCAGUUGUGUUCAUGUUGAGGAUUUCUUAUUAAAAGAACCAUGGACACUUACCACGCCGCAUAUUGGUCCUCCGAUCCUUCUCGCCUCUCCUCUUCAGAGGAAGAGGAGGAAAACCUUUACAACCUUAAUAGAAAAUGACUCAAGUAAAAGUGAAAGUCACCCAGUAAAAUACUACUUGACUAAAAGUUUAAAUAUACUUCAGUAUCAAAAGUAAAUGUAGUUGAUCAAAUCUACUUAAGCAUCAAAAGUAAAAGUACGAAUAAUUAAGCAAACCAAACGGCACAAUUUUCAUUUUUUUUAUUGGAUAGCCAGGGUCACACUCCAACACUCAGACAUAAUUUAAAAACAAAGCAUUUGUGUUUAGUGAGUCAGCCAGAUCAGAGGCAGUAGGGAUGACCAAGGAUGUUCUCUUGAUAAGGGUGCGAAUUUGACCAUUUUCUGUCUUGCUAAGCAUUGAAAAUGUAACGAGGGAUUUUGGGUGUCAGGGAAAAUGUAUGGAGUUAAAAGAGCAUCAUUUUCAUUAGGAAUGUAGUAAAAUAAAAGUAAAAGUUGUCAAAAUAUGAAUAGUAAAGUAAAGUACAGAUACCCCCCAAAACUACUUUGAAGUAGUACUUUGAAGUAUUUUUACUUAACUACUUUACACCACUGCUUUCCACCAGCAUUGUACCUCACUGUACCAUCCUCCGGUCCAACCAGCUGUGGGAUGUUGACCCCAAUGAUUUCUAUAAACCCUGGAUUGCUGAUGCUAUGUAUUGACCAUUGAGAGGCUAUGAAGACAUCGGUCGGCCAUAUUGGCACUCCCCAGUAGGAGCAGUCCUCCAUAGGAAUGAAUGGAAUUGACUGUAUAUAUAAUUCAUUGGUCUACCCCUGUCACAGUGCUGUCCUUCAUCACGCCAGAAAUCUCUCACAAAGUGUUCACUCUGGUCUUUCUGCUGAAAGACAAAUUACAGAACAAAAAAUUGUUUAGUAAAAUAUGAAAGCUUCCAUCAAUGUAAUUGUCUGUAAAUGUAAAUGUAUGUCUGCAUCCUUUCCAAUCCCCCAUAAAUAUAUAUUUUUGUAAAUAUACACUAUACUCCAGUGAGUUUAAUUAGCUCCAAUUAGUGUAAUUUGUUCAGAAAUAAAGUAAAAUAAAAAUCAUUAGAAAUAAGAUAUUCUCCUCUUUUCUACUGUAGGUAUGUGAAUCCAAAUUAGUUUAUUCUAUCGAUAUUCAUAAAAACAUUGAAAUAAUAACAUAUUUUUCUAUUUUCGCAGACACCGAUGCAGCAACCCAGGAUGAAUACCCCUGAUCUAACCCGCUGGCUUCUGAAGCCCCCAUGAGUUCCCGAGUCGAGAAGCAGUCUAGCUAAUGAGCUAGUGUCGCAAAUUAGCAUUUAGCAAUUAGCAUUUUCUAGCUAGUUGAGCUGGUUUACAAUAAAACAUAUUUUUGCUAACAGAUGAUGGGGUUCCCUUGGUCGCCGGUUUGCCUGGUCCCUGGGCAUGAAAAGGUUGAAGACCUUGGGUUAGAUGAUUCCCCCAGACACUGUAGCUAGCUAGCAAGACCUGCUCAGCAACAAUGUUAUUGGGAUGCGGCAAUGUUGGAUUAGUCUUUUAAUUCUGAGGUAAAUGUAAUUGAAGUAAGUGGUUACUACUGGUUCAAAUCCAGUGUAACAGAAACUAUUAUGUCCUGUAUUUUGGUAAGAGCUCAGAGUGAUGUCACACACCCAAUUCUUAAUAGUUUCCUUAUUAGGGGUUCACAGUCAAGCUACCUAUUUUUAUUCCUAGAUUUUUUUCAAAUAUCUCAAGCAUAGAUUGGUAACUUUUUUUCUAAUUUGACACACAGGAGCUAUGUUGGCCUAUAGGUGGUGUUGUUAAAAGUGGUCCCACUUAAACCCUCAUAUCCACCAGCCGUUUGACUUAGAGACUUGAAACUUUGUAUGUAGGCGUCUUUCCUUACGCUGAACAAAUUUCCCUCAAGGACAGUGGUGGAAAAAGUACUCCAUUUUCAUACUUGAGGAAAAGUAAAGUUACGUUAAUAGAAAAAGACUCAAGAAAAAGUGAAAGUAUCCCAGGAAAAUACUACUUAAACAUCUGGUUUUAAUAUGCUUAAGCAUCGAAAGUAAAUGUAUUUGCUAAAAUAUCCUUUAGUAUCAAAAGUAAAAGUAUAAAUAACUUCAAAUUCCUUACAUUAAGCAAACCAGGCUGCACGAUUUUCUUGUUUUAGGGAUGACCAGGGAUUUUCUCUUGAUAAGUGCAUGAAUUGGACCAGUUCCCUGUCUGGCUUAGCAUUCAAAAUGUAACGAGUACUUCGGGGUGUCAGAGAAAAUGAAUGGAGUAAAAAGUACAUCAUUUUACUUGGAAAUGUAGUGGACUAAAAGUAAAAGUUGUCCAAAAUAUAAAUAGUAAAGUAAAGUACAGAUACCCCAAAAACAUUAGCACUGGGAUUAAAAUGACAUUUUUGUAAACAUAUACAAUGGUUUUAAACACACAAAAUAAAGGAGUCUAGUGAUUAAAUAUGUUGACAUCGAGUGUAGAUGCAUGAAGACACGUUGACAUUUACCUUUUUUGAAUACUGUGGAGCUCCAAGGAUUCAGGGUUAUUUAUAUCCAGAGUCCAAUUCCAACUAGACAACUAGUAUAACUUGUGAUGGGCUCUACAAUGUGAAAAGCAUGACAUGGAUGAUGGAAUACAACUGCAAGAAAUGGUUAUGUGAAAUGUUUAUGCGAAAUUAGGUUCAAAUCAGAGUUUCUGACACUGUUGACACAACCAAGUCAAAGUCUAUUAUAUACACAACUGUGUGAGGUUAAGUGCAAUUACAUUAAAAGAACCAAAAGUAUGACAUCAUGGCACUGUAUUUGACUUUCACUAACAGAUUCUGGUACAAGCCACGCCCUGAAACCAAGUUCUCGACACUCCUAUAUUCGUCAUACACUCAUGUAUUACACAUAUGGUCUCUAAUCUUUCCUCCAAUUGGUUCUGUCUAUUACAAAUAGUGAAUGAAUUGACCUCAGCUCCCAAGGAUCAGGGAAGGAGAGUUGGAGACCACUUAUUUUAUAAAUCGGUACAUUGCCCUCUACAUGUUUGUUCACAGUAAAAGCUGCCAGUUCUGUUGCGCCCUAUUUAAUGGUCACUACAGAAAUAAUGUAUUUUAAAUGGCGUGUUGAAGUGGACAGGCUCAAGGCAGGGCAGGUUUGCUCUCAGUCUGUUCUCUCUGAUAAGAUGUGUUUGUUUACCUUCUCACUCUACCACUUGACUCUGUAACAGUCCCAUAUUUCCUGGUGUCCAUUCCAUUCACUCCAUCGCUGCGAGACAAUGAAGGAUACACACACCCUGCUCAAUCUGCUUCUGCUGCUAGUGUACCUAGCAGGAUCAGCUGUGACCACUGAUGGAGGGAAGGACAGUACCGAUGGUCCCUUGGAACUAACCAUUGUGGGACCUGACUUUGUGACUGUGGGCGUGCCAUGCAGUUUUGACUGUGCCGCCCAGUGCUCUCCUUCCUGUAGCUACAGAAUGAGUAUCAAUGGGCAGAUUGGACAAGGCAACGAGCUGUUCUUCACAGCUCGCCAAUGGGAGGAGUCCCUAAACCUUACAUGCACCGCAAGGAAUGAUGACUCUGGGAGGUCCUCUACAGUAUCUAAGAUACUGCAGGUUUUAGCUGGACCAACCAACGUAUCGAUCACAGGCCCUGACUUGAUGACCCCAGGGGCCCCACAAAGCUUCCAGUGUCACGCCGACUGCCGUCAGUCCUGCAACUACACCUGGGGGAUAAAUGGCCGAUGGCUCGGGGGACAGGGGAACGAGAUUACCGUAACUCCCGAAGAAUUGGCCACCUCUGUUACCCUGAACUGCAAGGCCAUCAACAGUGUGUCUGGGCUCUAUGACAUGGCAACAAGGACAAUACCUGUGACAUAUGGUCCCUUGGAACUAACCAUUGUGGGACCUGACUUUGUGACUGUGGGCGUGCCAUGCAGUUUUGACUGUGCCGCUCAGUGCUCUCCUUCCUGUAGCUACAGAAUGAGUAUCGACGGGCAGAUUGGACAAGGCAACGAGCUGUUCUUCACAGCUCGCCAAUGGGAAGAGUCCCUAAACCUCACAUGCACCGCAAGGAAUGAUGACUCUGGGAGGUCCUCUACAGUAACAAAGAUACUGCAGGUUUUAGAUGGUGGAAAAUCCAUGGCCACACAGGCUGAACAGACUAUAGACCUGCUUCUGUUCACAUUCACACUCUCACUCUACACCGUAAUAUCAACAUAAUCCAGGAAAAGGUGGUUUUAUACAAGGAAGUGAUCUGUUCUCCACAUGCAUAUCUGAAUCAUUUGAAAACAUGUCAUCAUUAUUACAGACAGUGAUGGAACAUGUGGUUUAUUGGUAAAGAACAAAGAACAAACAGUGCCUCUCAUAUCAGGAUGUUAACGAUAUUUGCUGAUGAUAAGUGAAGUGGAAAGGCUUGGCUGAAUCUUUCACUAUCAAAGCACUACGUGUGUCUGUGCAAGUAUCAUCACGUGUAUAGCCUAUUUGGAUUAAAUAUUUAAUAAAGACGCAUAUACAUUAAUUUAGUAACAUGUCUUUUUUGCAAUGUGUAACUGUUUCCAUACUUGAGAUGGAGUUGAAACCUGCAAGCAUGCCAUCUUCAUGGAAAGCACAGACUUUGAAGUGAUGUAUUUUAAAUGGCGUGUUGAGGUGGACAGGCUCAAGGCAGGGCAGGUCCAGCUCAACACGCCCUUUAAAAUACAUUACUUCAAAGUCUGUGCCUUUGGAAAAAAAUAAAACAUUUAUGUAGAUCUUGUUUGCCCAAACAAUUUACACUCCUAGUAUUUGUCUACAAACUGCAUUACUGCAAUAAACUACAUGACAAACUGUU